AUGUCGUUUAAAGAGUUUUAUGUGACUUGUAACCCGCCACUGCUGCUUGAUGGCGUGGACGAGGUUGUCAGCCAUAUUACUGGCUGUUUUCAGGAAGGCGUCGUUCUAGAGAUUUUGUAUGAACCUGAUAUUCCCUGGUUCAAGGUGAUUGCGGAUGAGUCGUACCAGGCCCAGGUGACCAAGGCAAUCGCAACUCGAGUGCAAGAGUUCGUUGCAGAGGAUCCAGAGGCUCUGAACGGACAGGACAAUACGCUUGGUGAUCUCACAAGCGGUAAGAAAUUCUGCUCCUGGGACGCGUACAAAGCCGACUUUCGAUGUGAGACGGAAUGGAAGCAAUACUGGUCGUACAUGGUACCCGAGACGAUGCGAGAUGCACGUUGCGUACGACUCUGGAGAGGGAUCGAGACAUGCGGAGCAAAAACCUUUGAUAAUCUAUUCAAAAAGAUGUCACUAGUUUUCAAAUCACCUAGGAUGCCAAGGGACUUUGCUAGUUUCCAGAGGUUCGUUGGAAAUGAUAUCGAGGUUGGGCAUAACAUGAGGCAGGAUCUGGUGUAUCUUGCUUCGUCUACCAGUCAGCGAGAAGUAGAAGAGCUGCUGGUCAAACUCGAUGCGAUUGUAUCUGCAUAUAACCGCAAAUCCUUUCGACAAGAUCAGCUUGUCCAAAUCGGGCAUGUUAUCAUUGCAAAUACUAAGCAGAAGCCGAUGCUUUCAUUUCAGCCUCUGGCCUACCAUGGAUUGACGCAGCGAACUUAUACUGUCCGCUCUGUCAGGGACGGUGAUGAGCCCAUCAAGUCGGAGGGCUUACUGGAACUGCAGAAACACGAAUCUAGUGAUUCUGGAACUAAGGUUACACCCUUCACCGAGUAUCAGUUCACGGCUCGACAACCUGCCCUCAUAGAAAGUAGAGGAAACAGAGCUAGUGUUAUGAAGAAUUUGAUGAUCAAGAAGUGGAGGAGCAGAGUGUCUGAUGUGGACGAGAGAGCAUCGUCAGAGUAUGCGGAUGAGGAACCUCUUAAUGCUCUCUUGCCAAUCAAGCGGCCAUUUACAGACUCCGAAAAGAGUACCAGCAAUAUGGAUUCUGUGGAUCAAUCUAUCAAGGGCGAAGAAAUUGACGAAGGCAUUAGUCUAUCGCAGUAUGAGAUCAAGAGCGAAGAAAGUGAAGUUUCGCUGUUACUCAGCUUUGACGCCAUCCAAGACGGCGAGCUAUCUCUUGACCACGGAAAUCAAGCAAAUAGUGUCGUUGCUUCUCCAGCUAAAGAGGGUGUACCGGGCUAUUCUCUUCUUGACGAGUUGAUUGGCGAUGAAAUGCCUGUGAAGGAAAAUACUACUAGUACUGAGUCCGCCGAAGAAGACAAAGAAACGGAACUAAAUGGGAAAGAGAAUCCACUAACUCGCAUUAUGCAUUUUCAUCUUCGACAGUUUGCGCCCAUUCUGAAGAUUAUUUCCGGUAGGGUCAAAUUUGAAGUGCAACUGGGCAGAAUCUGUUUGAAUCAGAUACCGGCCGGCCUUUUACAGGGAAACGAGACACCCUUACCGGCGAUGUUGCAUAACUUGACAAUCAAUAUGCAUGCACUACAUCAAUUCCAGUUUAUGUCUGUACUAUCGACAUCCGUGGGCGAUAUAAACAAGAUAGCGGCGGCGAACGUGGAGUGCCAACCGGCCUGGCAGUUUGUAAGCCUGCAUACGAGCUACAACUUUGUUGUCAAAUCCAACGGCGAAGUUCCAAAUAGCUUUGUUGUCGAAGUGGAUGCCGAGUCUUAUGAAUACCAAUGCCGUGAAGCAUGGUCCGACUUGUUGUCCAUCUAUUUGCAUCAUGGGAAGAGCAACUGGGACGCAAGAGUGUACGCUGCCAACUCGCCCGUUCGAGACUCUGAUUUGGAAGAUGACUUGGCAGUGAGGCUAACUGGGUCGUUGAAGGCCGAGCCGGUUACUGCAGACGGUAGCGUUGUUCUAGAAAUUAUGGAUCUUCACGGCCGAUAUGAUGCGACAGUAGACUCAGUGGAAGUGAGGCAAGUCGCCAAGUAUCAAUCAAGCACAAACAGCAGCAUACAGCUCAACGUCUCUUUUCAUCGUCUGCUGGAAAAGAGCCGUGGCCUUAUCCGGUCCAAGGCGAGCCCGUUUGCCGGAAUGACGACGUCAUGGAAAUUCCCAUCUGCCGCUUGCAAAAAUGGAAGCCCAAAGGUUUGGGUCGAGGCUACGAUUUCACACAAAGUCCUGGAUAAAAUACUAGAAGAGAAUACUGAUUUGGAGUUUGGGCAGACUACAGGUUGGGAUGUUGAGAGGUUUUGCACUGAGGGUUACUUUAGUGCCAUGUGCCAGGCGGCCUCUAUGUUGAUUUCUCAGAUGGACUCGGUAGGGAUUAACGACGAUAAUGGACAUGCUCAGAGGCUCGAACGAGACAGACGACAGCUUCCAAAGCCAAAUAUUGAGAUCAGGAAGUAG